CCAUUUGGGUAGAGGGAGUUGAAAUGCUUAUUAACCUACAUAAUAUAUAUAUUCUGUCUACUAUAGGACAGGUAGCUAUUUAUUCUUUUGAUGGCCAGGCUUUAUCGCAGCCAGUCUCGAUUGUCAUUCGUCGUCCAUGUUCGUUAUAGUCUUCUAACGAUUUUCGAGAUUUUACUGCUUAUUUGACAGUCUAUUUGGUCACGUCGCGAAGUCCACUAUUUUCCAGUUAUAACUACAGCAGUCAAUAUUAUAUAAUAUUAUAGUGUAGCAGUUGCAUAUACGAUACUACAAUAGUCUCGUCAACCAAACACAGAGCACCUGGAAUUACAUUAGGUAUAUACAGUCAAAACCAGCAACAUCUGAUCGUCGUUUACGAAGUAAAAUGCAGGUGGUAAAAAUCAAAAAUUUAAAUAAAUCUCAUAUGAAAAAAGCUUUCAUUGUAAAAGGAAGAGUUAAAUAUACCACAGUAGAAGAUAAUAAAAAGUCGGAUGGAAAACAUCUCAAUUCUUUACUUUUUGAUGACAGUUCAGAGAUUGAAGUUGUAGCUUUCAAAGACUGUGAUGAAGUAUCCAAGCUGCUAAAUACUGGUGAUGUUGUAAAAAUUGAAAAUGGCAUGUUAAAAGAAGUUAAUAAAGAUUAUAAAAAAACCAAGCACAAGUAUAAAAUAAUAUUACUGUCUAAUUCAAGAAUUACAACCAUAAAUAAAGAUGAGGUAUGUAAUGAUGACUUUCCAAUUCACAAAUACACUUCAGGCGCAGCUUUAAAAACUCUAAUACCAGGAAUAAUAAUUGAUGUCUAUGGUGUCUUAGUCCAAAUCAAUAGUGAGACAGCGAUCAAUCCUCAUUCUCAGAUAUUUAGAAAGGGAAUUAUUAAGAUUGAUUCCACAAAAAUUGAAGUUUGGUUUUAUGGGGAAAAAGCUGAGGAACUCUACAACGUAGGUGACAAAUUGUCCUUGUUUUGUGUUAAAUACAACAAUUUCAAAGGACAUGAAUAUUUAUCUGUUGGGCAUUUAAGUUCUGUCAAAUGUAUUUUACAUCAGUUACCACAUGUACCUGCAGCUGACUUGGAAAAUUCAACAAUUGAAUCAUCAGUUAACAGAGUUUCGAUUUCAAGUCCAUCUUCAUCUAACAAAAAUAUCACAAUUGGAUCACCUGACCAAAAACAGUCAACUUCUGGUUCAACUCCCUGUAAAAAAAGAAAAACUCAAGAUUUUAAUGUCGAAGAAGGUACCUCAGAAAUCCUAAAAAUAGACGAGCCCAAAGAGUCAUUUUCUGACGAGAAAUUCACCAAAGUUGUGCUGAAUCUUUUAAAAAAUAUUAAAAAUAACAAAGAAGUAGUAAAAUUACGUAUUAUAGAAUUCAUCUCGGAAAUACUUCCUGAAAAGGAUACAUAUAAUAGUGUUGCUAAAGAAUUCUAAAAAGAUUAUCAUAUCUAAAUUGCAAAUAAUAAUGUUUUACUAAUUAUGACAAUCAUA